UUCUCUGUUGACCGCUCCCUGAUAACUAUCCUACGAGGCUAAGAAUCUCAUUGGCAUCUCGACGAUGGAAAGAAGUCAGAAUCCUGAUCAACUGGCGUUGUCCGACCCCGCGCUGCUGGAUAAGAUCGACAAGCUCUUUGCUUGUAACGUCGGCGAGUACAUCUCGCUCCCUCAGCUUGUGGUGGUUGGCGACCAGUCUAGCGGCAAAAGCUCAGUGCUGGAGGGCCUCACCCGACUUCCUUUCCCUCGCGAUAGCGGUCUCUGUACACGGUUUGCCACUCAGAUCAUCUUCCGCAGAACCAAGGAACAUUCAGCUCGUACAAUUACUGCAUCCGCGCUACCUGGCCCGGAUGCAAGCACGGAAAAGGCGGCCGCACUCAAGGAAUGGACAUGGAGAAAAGAUGGCACGUUUGAUUCUGAUGAAUUCUCGGAUGUCAUGAACGAGGUCCACGCACUGAUGGGUGUCUCGAUUGUACCGAACGGUGCCAAAUCGACCUUUUCAAAUGAUGUCUUCCGUCUAGAAAUAUGUGGUCCGGACGAGGAUCAUCUGAGCGUGAUUGAUGUCCCUGGAAUAUUCAAAAAUACCGUGCCCGGGGUGACUUCAAAGGCCGACAUUCAACUGGUCCACAACAUGGUUGUUGGGUACAUGAAGAAUGCUCGAUCCAUUAUGCUGAUGGUCGUUCCGGCCAACGUGGAUAUCGCGACUCAGGAGAUCGUAGAGCUGGCGCGCGAGUACGACCCCAAUGGUCAGCGAACUCUGGGCGUUCUUACCAAACCAGACCUGGUCGACACGGGUGCCGAGCAAAGGGUGCUGGAUCUCAUUCAUGGCGAAGACCUGAUCUUCAAACAUGGGUGGUUCCUUGUUCGCAACCUGGGGCAGCGCGAACUGCAGGAAGGAGGUGUCGACCGCAAUGCUGCCGAGGACGCGUUCCGCCAAACAGAACCAUGGAACUCGGUUCCUCAAGACCGAUUCGGCGUCCAGUCGCUCCGAUUACGCCUACAGGAGGCUGUCAUUCACAAUGCCCGACAGUCAUUUUCCCAGGUCCGAUCGGAGAUCAUGAAACGGCUCAAGUCGAGGCAGAAAAGCCUCAAAAACUUAGGUGACGAGCGCGUAACUUCCGAACAACAACGCAGCUUUCUUCUGGGGGUUGUAUCGCGCUUCCAGGAAAUCACGUCCCAUGGCCUCAAUUCCAAUUAUGCGAUGGAUGAUGUCUUUGAUAAUCAUCCGGACCUUCGUAUAGCAACCCUAGUCAUGAACUGCUACGUUGCUUUUGCCGAAAGCCUUUCUUCUUGGGCACAUGAAUAUCGGUUCAGUUCGCAGAAAGAGACAAACGACUCCGAGGAUGAACAAACACCGGGAGAGACGGAUUCAGAGUCGCAGGAUGAAGAGCCCAACAACAAUUCGGAUAUGCGAGAUCGGGAGUCCAUCAAUGAAUCAGAUGCGCCACCAGGCAUCGACACCCGCACGACUGACGACAUAGAAGAAUUGACUGAAAUCCUCCACGAGUCUACGUUAGAGAGGUAUCCUAAGAGCAGCGGAAUAUACCAGUGGCUGACCGAGGUUUUUCAUCUGUCGCGUGGAUUUGAGAUGGGCACUUUCAAUCCGUCCAUUCUCGCUGAAGUAUUCAGGAAACAGUCUGCGAAGUGGCCCAAUUUUGCGCAAGGUCACAUCAGCGAUGUCGUUAUAUUGGUUCACCGGUUCAUUCUCAAAGCUCUUGAGCUGUCGUGCGUUAAUCAGCGUGUCUGUGAUAGAUUGAAGGCACGACUGAUUAACGACCUGCUGUCGCAAUACCGCGAUGCCAUGAAGCAGGUGUGCUUUCUGCUCCAUAUCGAGCGAAAUGGCACACCCUUGACACUAAAUCAUUACUUCAAUGACACGCUGCAGCAAAGGAGAGCCGCUCGCAUCCAAGCCCACCUUGCCCCUAAGGUUAUCAGCGACCACAAGCGUGGAGAGAUAGUCCGUCUCUCAGACGUAUCUACAGCCCAUAAUAAGAGCAACACCCGCCAAACGGUGGAGGAUAUCCACGACAUACUACAGUCCUACUACAAAGCGUCCUUGAAGCGCUUCGCGGACAAUGUCUGCAUGCAGGCUGCAGACUUCUACCUGGUUCACGGCCCUGAAACGCCAACGAAGCUAUUCAGUUCCCUUUUUGUUCACAAACUGUCUAUGGAGGACUUGGAAGAGAUUGCCGGGGAAGAGCCCCAGGCUCGCCGCUUGCGAGCCCAGUUGGUCAAAGAGAUCAGGGAUCUAGAGGCGGGGAAGAGGAUUCUUCUGUAAACUAGACGACAGAGGUAUUCACGAGUGGAGUGACUUGGCUUUGGC